UGUCCUGGAGCUCUCUGUUAAUCCCGGUGGCCCAUAGACACCGGCGCAGUACAUGUAGUACUACAGUAGUAACGUUACAGGUACUCCCCACAGUGGUACAGCAACUCUGAAAUUUCAUCUUUUCGUUUGAGUCUGACUGGUAAAGUGCAGAUAAAUUCUGACCACUGAUUUCCGCCACUUUCUGUCAUGGAAGAGACGUGUGCUCAGGUAAAGGAAGCCCUGACUGAAAAACCAAGCAGCCCCUCUGCCCACAGCCCAGAGAUGUGCACCCAGGACACUGUGGCGCAUGAGCAGCACCAAGCUCUGAGCAUGAAGGUCCUGCAGAUUCUACAGGGACGGGUGUGUUUACUUCUGCAGGACCUGAAGCGGCAUUCUCUACAGCUGUAUGAGGCAAGGCGCAGGCAGACCAUUGAGGACAGGCGGAGGAGGCUGGCCCAGGUCCCGGAGCCCAGAGACGGGGUGUUCCUCCGGGUGAAAUUCAGCGACGGGUCCGAGAGGAGGAGGAGGUUCUGUUUAAAGCAGUCCAUUCAGAUUCUGUUUGACUUUGCAGGGUCAGACGCCAUGGCGACAGACGUUUUCCUCGUUCAGAUGGCGACCUCAUCCACAGCCGUGCCCAGCACGGCCACAGGGAGCCUCGCUCAGACCGGCAUCUCCGGCCCGACGACCGUGCACGUGCUGUGGCUCAGCCCUGAGGAGGUGGAGGAAAAACUUACCCAGAAUGCAUUGGUGCCAAAACCUCUCUCCCCAGCGCAUUCAACGGCUAAACACCUAGAGACCCCUGCAGCCACAGAGCUCUACACUGCUCCCUCUGGCAGCCAAGAUCACUUCCACCACAGACGCAAGGACCAGGCUGUAUGUGAGGCUGUGGAGGACUCUUUCGUGGCACUCUCCUGGCCCUGGUUCAUCCCCGUUGAAGAAGCAGCAGCAGGGAAACCCUCUCUAAGCCCCUCCCACAACACUCCCUCUGUGACAUCACUGCCCAAUCCCCACCCACCUGCCAAGAGGAGGCGGGGACACAGCUGGCUGCUGCAGAGAGGGAGGGCGGAGCUAGAAGCUGGCAGGGUGGAGCUUGAGCAGCAGAGGGCAGAGCUAGAGCGGGAGAGGGCGGGGUUUGAGCGGGAAAGGGCGGAGCUACAGAUGGACAAGGCGGCGCUUGCACAGCAGAGGGCAAGGGAGGAGGCGGAGCUCGAGAAGGAGAGGGCGGAGCUACGGAGAGAUAGAGUGCACGUGGAGCGAAGUCAGAGACUGCACUUCCUGUUUCACACACUGCUGCAGAAACUCUGAGACACUGCACUUCCUGUUUCACACACUGCUGCAGAAACUCUGAGACACUGCACUUCCUGUUUCACACACUGCUGCAGAAACUCUGAGACACUGCACUUCCUGUUUCACACACUGCUGCAGAAACUCUGAGACACUGCACUUCCUGUUUCACACACUGCUGCAGAAACUCUGAGGUGCUGUGCAUGCUGCAGUGAACUUUCUUGGGUUUGUACAAGCAUGGAGGUUGAAGUGGGUCUUCUUCCUUGUAUCUUCUCUGUGAACGUGCUGACGUUGAAACCAACUAAUGAGCUUGAAUUAUUGUACAGCUAUACAAUGUUUUUGUACACUGUCGGUCCGUCAACUGUAUAUUUAGAAACCCAAAUUUAAGGACUAUAAACACAGGCAUAAGGUGA